UGUCAAUUUUCUCAGUCUGCCCAGUUUCUCUGAACCAUGACUUUCCUGCUCUUAUGAGGGUUCAUCUGACUUCCCCCCUGAUCACUGGCUCCGGACUGCCGGGACUAGCGGACAGAAUCCGAGAUGGCAGCAACAACACAUGAGGAAGCUAUGAAAGCUGUGGAGGCCAUAUUUGAACGCUACCUCCUCAUCUCCACCUCCACAAAGUUCGCCGGAUUCGACAAACACAUCAUGGAAACCGUGGAACUAAUUGACGCCUCCCCAAAGGGUACCGUAACCUUCGAAUUCCUGAUUGACGAGCGGUACACGAAUAUCAACGGCGUUAUGCAUGGAGGUGCGGCUGGCGUGAUAUUUGACAUGUGUACCACGACCGCGCUGGGGCCGCUUGCUAGACCUGGGUUUUGGGAUUUUCUUGGCGGCGUAACAAGAACGUUAAACAUAAGCUACUUGAAAGCUAUUCCUAUCGGAACGAAAGUGAGGAUCCACAGCGAAGUCUGCCAAGUAGGCCGAACAAUGGCCAUGAUCCGCGGCACGAUGAUGAGUCAAGACGGGCAAACUAUCUUCUGUACGUGUGAGCAUCAUAAAGUUAGUGUGCCCACACGGGAGGCGCAUUUGCAACAUAGGGUGGCUUGGGAUGAUUUGUGGGAUAAAGAUGAGAAUGUGGAGGGGCAGGCGAAGUUAUAAUAUCAGGGUUACAAAUAAAACUUGAGAGUUGGGUUAAGAAUUGUUUAUUUGUGGUUCCUCUGCUUCCCUGGUGUGGGUCUGUUAUGUGAAGAUCGUUAUUAGAUCCAAUUGAGAUCUGAGAUAAGGGAAGGGUUGAUAUUUACUCUCCUUUUACAUUUUAUUACACAUCGCUCUCGAUGUCCGGCAUCGGCUUGGAACAUUGAGAUUGUCAAG